AUGACCGGCGGCCGCGGAAACCUCGUUGCGUCCGGCCUCACCCAGGGACUCGCCGACUACGAGAAUGACCGCGCGCUUCUCCCGCUCAUCGGUGGCCGCUCGGGCGUAGUCUCCCAGCUUGAAUUGAUGGAGGGACUGAUCCAUGGCCGCCUGCAACUCCCGUUGAAACUUAUAAGGUGCUUGGGGUUCAUGAGCGACACUGAUCAGGAAACAAACCUGACAACUCGAACAGUUAACCGAGGGGAUGAGCAGGAGCAUCAACAUUUGGAGGAGGAGGUUGGUGAGUCUCCUGACCCCAACGUUGGCUCUAACACUACUCAUGUCCCGAAUAAUCGUGUUGCUGCUCCCCCACCUAUGGUUGCUCCUGCUAAUGCUUUAGUUCAUGAGGCACAUGAGUUGGAAGACGAAGAAGCUGGGUCACAGCCACAACAACCUUAUGUUGGCAUGCGCUUCGACACAUUAGAGGAUACGAGGGAACACUACAAUCGCUAUGCUUUGAUGGAGGGCUUUUCAAUCAAGUCGAAUACGUCUUACAGGUCGGCCUACACAGGCGUGCUAGAAAAACAGCAAUUCUACUGUAACAAGUUCCGCAAACCAGUAGAGAGGGUUGGGAUCCCGAAUGUUGCCUCGUCAAGCAAAAACACUACAUGCCCGAGUUCACCUGAACAAGAUGUUGAAGAGGAUGUCGAGGAACACACUUUCAAGAAGAAGAGGAAGCGAGAAACUGUGAAGCAAACAAGAUGUCGUGCUAAGAUGGUGGUGAAGCUUAAAGAUGACAGAUGGGAGGUUAUCACUUUUAUUGCAGAUCACAACCAUCCACUGAUUGACAAGCCAUCGCUUUCGAAAUACCUCCGUUCUCACCAAGGCAUCCCGCCGGAAGAGAAAAAAAUUCUGACUCACCUAAACGACUGCAACUUGACAGCAGGAAAGAUGAUGAUGAUAAUGUCAUCAUACUACGGCUCGGAGUUGAUUGUUCCAUACACAGCUAAAACCAUCCAUAAACACUGUUCGAAGGUCAAUGCCCCAACUAAGGACAUUGACAUUGAAGAAACACUAAACUACUUUUGCAAGGUGAUGGAAAACGACCCAAGAUUCUUCUUUAAAUGCAAGACCGAUGCGGAAGGCAGGACAGAAAACUUGUUUUGGGUGGAUGGUGCGGCACAAAAAGCAUACACGGAGGCUUAUCAUGAUUGCAUAUCAUUUGAUGCAACUUAUCUUACGAACAUGUACAGUAUGCCGUUUGCCCCCUUCAUUGGCAUCAACAUACAUGGGCAGUCAAUUAUGCUUGGGUGUGGAUUUGUCCGGCAGGAACUAGCCUCAAGUUAUGACUGGUUGUUUGAUGCUUUCCUAGAAGCAAUGGAUGGUUUGGCUCCGGACAACAUCAUCACGGACCAAGAUGUUGCUAUGGCACAAUCUAUCAAGAGGAAGUUCCCGACAACGAUUCACCGUUGCUGCCGUUGGCAUAUAAUGAAGAAAGCACAAGAGAAGCUUGGACCUGUGUUGGCUAGGAACCUUGAUUUGGUAAAAGACUUCAAUGAAUGCAUUGACUUCAGUUUCACCCCGGCUGAAUUUGAAAGGAAAUGGGCUGCAGUUCAAUUGAAAUAUGAAGGUCUUAUGCAUGGUCACUUUGAGAAACUGUUCUUCCCUUUCCUUCAGUCAACGCAACGCAGCGAAGGGUUCAAUGCUGUGUUGAAGCGCUAUGUGAACCCACACAAGUCAAUUCUCAACUUCGUCAAGCAAUAUGAGAUGAUUCAGGUACACAUACUCGUGAGGGAGGGUGGGAAUGACUACCGGACAAAGCAUCUAGACGCACAAAGAUGGUCGCGUUUCCUCAUUGAGAGGCAUGCCUACAAAGCAUACACUAGGGACAUCUAUGUGAAAUUUAGAACUGAGUUUCAGAUGAUUGGCCAGUACGAUGUGCGUCCCGCUGGAAUCAACUUCUAUUACAUUGAGCCCAAUACAGAAGAAGUUCUAGGGUAUGGCUCAAGGAAGUACCUAGUCACAGUGAGACCAGAGCUAGCUAUCUAUGAUUGUGAAUGUUGCAAGUGGCAUAGGGAUGGCAUACUUUGUUGUCAUGUCUUGAAAAUCUUCACACACCUUGGCGUUAAUGACAUACCUGAACACUACAUCAAGCGCCGCUGGACGCAAGAUGUGGUGCCAAGUGCACCACCGCCAACUAACGAGGGCCCUCCACCGGACUUGCCCGCUGAGUCAGAGAACCAAGUUCGGCAAGUGACUCUGACAAUGGAUUUUGCAAAGCUAGCCAAGAAGGCAAUGACUAGUGAUGAGGCAGCCGCUGCAGUUAGGAGGCACAUGAAAGCAGCAGAUACUGAGGUUACUAAGCUGAAUAAACUGAGGAAGAAGAGGCUAAAGGCAGCUCGAGAAGCGGCUCGGGCUAGGGAAGCAUCAAACCCUAAUGCCCCAAGUGGUUCAAACCAACCUCCUGCCCCCUACCCCCUGCUCCUAUGGAUCCACCUCGUUCAGUCACAAAAGGGUGCAGCCGCAGCAGGCGCUUCAAAUCAGCCCUGGAGCUACACCCUAAGAAAAAGAACAAGUGCAACAUUUGUGAAUCAAUCGAUCACACUGCUGCGACAUGCCUAG